AAUUCUAUAAAAGAACUCCCUGGAGUGAAAAACUAUGAAGUGGUUUAUCCCAGAAGACUUCAUCCACUACAUAAAAGAGAGGUCAAGGAUCCAGGUCAACAGGAAAAAUUUGAAACUGAAUUGAAGUAUGAAAUGACAGUUAAUGGAAAAAUCGCAGUGCUUUACUUGAAGAAAAACAAGGGUCUCCUUGCACCAGGCUACACGGAAACAUAUUAUAAUUCCACUGGAAAGGAGGUCACCACGAGCCCACAGAUCAUGGAUGACUGUUACUACCAAGGACACAUCAUUAAUGAAAAACUUUCUGAUGCUAGUAUCAGCACAUGUAGGGGUCUAAGGGGUUACUUCAGUCAGGGAGAUCAAAAGUACUUCAUUGAACCUUUAAGUCCCACAAAUCAGGAUGAACAGGAACAUGCACUCUUCAAGCACGAUCCUGAUGAACAGAAGACUAACAGCAACUGUGGGAUGGAUGACAUGUUAUGGGUACCUGAAAUUCAUCAGAAUGCAGUCCCAUUGGCCACCAGUCUUGUGAAGUCCAAAGACCAGCAGCCUUGGGAACAAAAUAAAUACAUAGAAUAUUUUUUGGUCCUGGAUAAUGGUGAGUUUAAAAAGUACAAUCAAGAUCAAGAGGAAAUAAGAAAGAGGGUGUUUGAGAUGGUCAAUUACAUCAACAUGCUUUAUAAAAAGCUCAAUACUCAUGUUGCCUUAAUUGGGAUGGAAAUCUGGAAUGACAAGGAUAAGAUAAAGAUAUCCCCCAAUGCAAGCCUCACCUUGGAAAAUUUUGCUGAAUGGAGGGGGGGUGUCCUCCUAAGAAGAAAGCGUCAUGAUGUUGCUCAGUUAAUCACGGCAAGUGAAUUUUCUGGAACAACUGUGGGCCUUGCUUUCACGUCUACAAUGUGCUCUCCGUAUCAUUCUGUUGGCAUUGUUCAGGACCACAGUCACAACAUGCUUAGCAUUGCAGGGACCAUGGCCCAUGAAAUGGGCCAUAACUUCGGAAUGUUUCAUGACACCUAUGCUUGCAAGGGCCCUUCUACAGUAUGUGUGAUGGACAGAGCACUAAGCUUCUACAUACCUACGGACUUCAGUUCUUGCAGCCGUGUCAGCUAUGAAAAAUUCUUGGAAGAUAAAUUAUACAAUUGCCUCUUUAACGUUCCGCUGCCUACAGAUAUCAUAUCCACCCCGAUCUGUGGGAACCAGUUGAUAGAAAUGGGAGAAGACUGUGACUGUGGGACCCCCGAGGAAUGUACCAACGUUUGCUGUGAUGCAAAAACAUGUAAAAUCAAAGCAAAUUUUCAAUGUGCAGUAGGGAAAUGCUGUGAAAAAUGCCGGUUUAAAAAGGCUGGUGAGGUGUGCAGACCAGCAAAAGAUGAGUGUGACCUGCUCGAAAUGUGUGAUGGCAAAUCUGGUCUUUGCCCCGAUGAUCGAUUCCAAGUCAAUGGCUUCCCUUGCCAAAAUGGGAAGGGCUACUGCUUGAUGGGGAUGUGCCCCACCCUGGAGGAGCAGUGCACCGAGCUAUGGGGACCAGAUUCCUACUUAAAUGGCUGA